AUGGCAAACCUGUCCCCAGAGAAAUACGAGAAGUCGAACGAAAAGAACGAAAUUGAGAGUAAUGGAGGAAAUGAGAAGGAUGAAGACUCUAAAGUAAAGAUUGUGGGCGGCUCGACAGUGACUCCAUCCAACAAGAACAGAAGUAUCAUUCUUGCUUGCCCCUUUUACAAGGAGGAUCCUUUGAAGCACCUUCAGUGCCUCAGAAUCGAACUCAAAAGAAUCAAAGACGUCAAACAGCACCUCAAUCGAAAACAUCGUCAACCGUCGUAUUACUGUCCAACAUGCUGGAUGAUCUUCGACCAGCCAACGGACCGAGACAUCCACAUUUCCCAACGCGGUUGCUCUCUACAAGAUCAGGUCAACUACGAGGGUAUCUCCGAAGAUCAAAGCCGACAGCUCACUCGGAAAGUAGACAGACGACUAGCCGAGGAACAACAAUGGUUCAGUGUGUGGGACAUUGUGUUCCCUGACGUACCACGUCCAGCGUCAGCAUAUCUGGGAAACCAGGUCGAGGAGUCUAUGGUUAUGAUUCACGACUUCUGGGAUGCGAACGGAAAGGCUCUGGUCUCACAUGCUCUAUGGGAGCGAGGGCUGAUACCAGAGCCAAACGUUUCAGACGACGAAGGGGAGCUUGAGAGCUUCCUGGCCGAGACAUUGGAAUCUGUAGUGGAAGAGCUGCUGGCGUCUUGCCGCGCGCAGAUCGCAGCGAGUCUGUCUCGGUCGAAUCAUAAUCGUCACGAGGCGUCAUCAGCUCCGGAGGGGACCCCAACUUCAGAGUCGGGUACUAACACUCAAAGCCAUGACGCGGGUGAGCAGGACCAACAAACAGUCGAUCUUGUCCAUGUAGGCGAAAGUGCCUUGGCAUAUGGAAAGCCUGUGGCACAAGAGUCUGUCGAUGAUUGCAACUUUCUCACUGGCCUUGAGAUGAUUGGGCCCUCAGCAGGCCAUGAUACCCAAUCCUUCCUCGAGGGGUCACAAUUCAGCAUGUCGCGCAGCUGGCCCACGAGGGAAGAGGGCAUUGCGGAGCUUGAUGACCAGAGUUGGGAACUAUUAGCCGAUGUGACCGACUUCUUGCAAGCUGAGAGACCAUAG